CUCACAGUUUGGCUUUAGUGCCCGGGAGUGUGAAGAUCAGGGAAGAUCAAACUACCUUACUGUAGGUUGACCCCUGAGCCUCCGUGUCUCCCCUUCAAGGAUACAGGUUACACAGUAGGGACACCAUCACAGUACUCCUGCCAACCUUGCCAAAGCCACAAUGUCACAAUUCUGUACAAUGCCAGCUGAGGAGAGGAAGAAGUGUGCAGCAGCUAUUUGCCAAGAAGUCCAUGGUACCGAUGGGGACACAAUGGAUCUCGGAAAGAAGCUCAGCACUCCUAAAGACAUUAUGCUGGAGGAGUUAUCGUUGCUUUCCAACAGAGGUUCCCGGCUUUUCAAAAUGCGCCAGAGGAGAUCCGAAAAAUACACAUUUGAAAGUAUCCAAAACGAGGCAAAAGCACUGCUGAAUAAUGACAUUUCAACAGAGAAUACACACACUGUGGAAAUUAAAGUGGAUGCACCAGCUGAAGGAAGUACUGAAAAUCCAGCAGUCACUGUUACAGAAGUGACUACAGAGAAGGUAGAUGCCUCACCUAUGCCAAAGUCCUACCACUCCCCGUGGGAUCAGGCAAUCCUCAGUAACCCUGACCUCGCCGAAACUCUGAAAGUGACAAUGUCAGCACCAGACCCACGACCAGACCUUCCUGAGUACAAAUGCUUUAACCGGGUUGCCACUCCUUUUGGUGGCUUUGAGAAAGCUCCCAAAGGAAUCACAUUCAAGCUCCCCGUGGUGGACCUGAACCCACCCAGCUUCCCAGAGCUGCAGGAGCCGGGGAUGAAGCGACCCACCUUCAACAGGACAGCCCAGGGGUGGAUAUCUGAGGGCACCCAACUGAUCCUACCCACUAUUACCCUGGAGCCCAUCAAAAUCCCAGAGUCUGACGACCUGUAGGUUGCUUACUGUAAUCUGGCAACAUGAUAUUGGCUGAAGUGUUCUGGCCCCCACCUGUGAUGACAGCAAAACGGUCAUUUUGUAGCACAGUUACAAUUCCUAACCAAUAUUUUGGGUUUUUCCCAUUCAACGGACACAAAAUGUUUCAUGCAUUUGAUGACUAGUGUGUUUCCACUGAUACUGAAAGCAAAACUGUAAAUUUUAUAAAUGUUUAGAUGAAUUGAUGAAAAUGUAAUGUAAAUAAAGAAUGCAAAGUAUUUAUUGAUGGCACCCAACUGGAACAUGCAGUAAGUUGUAUUUAGUGCAUAUCAGUGAGCAGUAUUUCAGUUAUAUCUACUUCAAAAAACUGCAUUACAGAAAAAUACACACAUAAAGUAUGAUGUUCUUGCUAUCCAUAUAUUAUCAUAAAAUCAAAUCUUAACCUAAAGGGUAACUUCAGUAUUUUGUACCCCUUUUUUCCAAGUUUUUGUAUCUGAAUGACGAAUAGGAGCAAAAACUUUUGAAAUUCUUCCAGUAGUGAAAGCGGAAAAACAGGCUGCAAUGUAACCACUUGGGGAAACUGUGCACCAUCAGUUUACGUCCACUAAAAGAGCUUGUUUUUGCCAUUGACAGGCUCAGACUGUUAUUCUAAGUGUCUAAACACAUAAUGGAAAGGAUCCUCCUUGUUAAAGAGUAAGAUCCAUUUUGUUUAACCAGGCACAGCCAUGAAAUCACCAAAUUCACCAGACUCCAUUUAAAGUCUACAGACACAAAAAACCUCACAAAAACCAUCUUGGUUCAUCUCUCCAUUGUUCCAAAAUCACCACCUCUAGUUUGGUUAAAAUAAACCUUUAAUUCAACCAGAUAGAUGUGAAAAUACGCUGGCUCUGUGCACUCUAAAAUUACUGUUUAUUUAAAGAGUCUGGUGGGUUGGUGAUGAAGAUUUUGGGGCUGUUUCUGAUUAAAUAAAAAGUUAACAAAAAGCUCAGACUGUUUCGCGGGUGCAGCCCUCUCACUCAAUAUUGGAACAAUUUCAAAAAAUGUCGUCCCCAUAAGUCACUUAGACACAGAAACAUAAGAAAAUAGGAAAAGAAAGAAAAGUACUGAAGUUACCCAUUAAUGUUAGAGCAAGCAACUGUUGAACAUACAAAUAUAAAAUAUAAAUCACUGAAAGUAAAGUAAUGUAAAAUUCAGCACAAAAACAAGUAAUUUAUAGAUUUAUAGAAAUAAAAUAAUGGUUAAGAGCUCUGAUUUCUUGUUGACUGCUGAAGAAAAAGAAAUUGUUUCAAAUUGCAACUGAGAAACAUUUUAUUCUGAGGAAAUAACAGAGGUCAUAAGCAUGGCAUCACUACAUCGAUCUGGGAGGAAGACUGAGAAAGCUGGACUUUGAUCUGCAAUGGCAUGGAACUGGUACUUUGAUUUUUUAGGCAAAUACAUUUCAUAACACACAGAUCAAUACAAAAUGGAUAUAGCCACGCCUUGUUUGGAGUGGAAGAACACCGAAGAGUAGAUUAAAAUGUUUGUUCUGCAUCGUUUUUAGACACAUAUGCACUACAAAUGCCGACAACAGCAAUACUGUGUUAAUGUGUUAUAUUUUGAUGUUGAACUCACUGUGUUUCUGAAGAACUUGGCAGAAAACA